AUGUGUCCUCAGACGAUACCCUUGCGGCGAAUCCCACGACCUCCCUGGAGGACCGGGCUGCAGGAAGGCAUGCAACUGCCACUGAAGGAGUUCAAGGAGAUUACGACAUAUGUACAUGCAUUGGCACGGGCGCAUCUGAGAGAAGACUUAUCGUACAGACAACAGGAUCCUGCAAGCAUAGCAAAGAUCCGUGAGAAAGCCAUCGAGGUGUAUCCAAUCUUGAGCAACAGAUACGAUGAUGCCUGGCCCAUUGACAACAUUGUAAAAAGGCAUCUCCAGCAGAGUAGUUUCCUACAUCGCCACAAAUCUUACUACAGGAACUUGAAGGAAGGUCGGAAGACAACGUCUUCUAUAAAUGAUCGUGUUUGCAGUCCGUCAUUGAGCGGGGCAGCAUCAUCAUCUCGGAUUUCCCAAGAUGCUCCUACAAGUCUCCGCAGUCCGUCAUCGAGCUGCGAGGGACCGUCCAUUCACACUUUGCCAGACAUCACUAGGAUUCACGAAGAUAUCACAUCACUCACACCUUGGGCGAUGCUGUCUGCGACGCAGAGGCCUGUAGGGAGCUUCAACAAGUUCCUGAGAUCUUGCCGUCCCAGUUUGGAACACCUAGCUUCUUCAUUUGAGCGAAUGGCUGGCCUUGCCACCGAAUGGAAGUUCCGCGGUCUGCUGGAUUGGCCAGAGGGACCGCUCUAUUCCCUGCUCAAAGAUGAUAUGAGGCUGUCGCAGAGCGAGUGUGAGGAGGUGUUCGACGCCUUGGCAUAUUUGAGGCAGACGGGAGUAAUUGUGCUAUAA